AUGAAAGCUGAUAUUUCUGGAGGGCCAAAGCCGAAGAAGAGAAAAGAAGAUUGCGAUGAGGAAUGGUCCUGGAAGUCAGAUGCGUCUGUUGGAGAAGAAAGACUUCAAGAAUUUCUCUUUGACGGGUACAGUAAAUUGGCGUUACCUGUCAAGGGCGCCUUGGACAAGCUUUACAUCAAUUUCAGCCUAGCAAUUUCGCAGAUAGUGGACGUGGAUGAAAGAAACCAAGUGCUGACUUCGAAGGUGUGGGUUAAACAGGUGUGGAAUGACUACAACCUCAAGUGGAAUCCUGAUGAGUUUGACGGCAUCGAGAGGAUAAAGGUACCAAGUGACGCCAUAUGGAUUCCGGAUAUCCUCAUUUACAACAAUGCCAACGGGUCAUUUGACAUGCAAACUGGAGCCUGGGCGAGCGUAGACAGCAACGGCAACGUCAACUGGUCUCCGCCCGCAGUCUACAAGAGCUCGUGUAAGAUCGACGCACAGUACUUUCCUUUCGACGAGCAGAACUGUACCAUGAAGUUCGGGUCGUGGACCUACGACUUUGGAAAGAUUGACUUGAUACCUUCCAGCCCGAGUGCAGAGAAGAAAGAUUAUUGGGAGAACGGUGAAUGGGCGAUCAUCCAGUCUCCGUGCGAACGGCACGUCAUCAGCUACCUGUGCUGUGCCGAAGUGUACGUCGAUGUCACAUGUACUUUUCUCCUACGCCGGAUGCCGUUGUAUUAUUUCGCCUAUUUGUUGCUGCCCUGCGGCCUAAUCUCCUUCAACACCGUCUUGGUGUUCUACUUACCACCGGAUAUCAGUGAGAAAAUGUCACUUUGUACCUCCGUCUUGCUGUCCAUGGCGUGGUUCCUCUUGCUUGUCACGCAGCGCAUCCCGCCCACAGGCAACAACUUCCCUCUAAUCGUCAAGUACCUUCUGUUCACGAUGGUUGUGGUGUCUUCCUCGAUCAUUCUCACAGUGUUUGUGCUGAACAUUCGCUACCGAUCGCCCCACACCCACAAGAUGCCAAAGUGGGUCAGAACCAUAUUCAUUAAUAUCCUCCCAAAAUACAUUGCCUUAAAAAGACCAGAGCGAUACGACCAGAGGUGUCGUAACGUUGGAGUUGCGUUGACAAGGGAGGCAGUGACUACAAAAUAUGUAGACGCAAAAAAACUUGUUAUGGAGAGCAAGGGCAAUAGUUAUACAGUACGGUUGCGCAAUGAGGUGGAUCGUGAAAAUGGACUGGAGACAGAUUCAGAUGGUGACGUCAUCACAUCAGGUAACCAUGAGCGGAAUGGUGAUGCAUGCGGGGCCGGGGACGGGAGUAGACACCCAUCCUUCUCCCUUACACCCACCUACUGGGCCGCUGCUGCCUCCUCUGCCACUGGCAAGGCAGACGCUCCAUCUAGCUCCAACGGACUUCGCAGAACAAGUCCAGCGGGUCAAGAAGAGCGCCAGUCAUCUAGUCGGUUCCUACCCUCUACCAAUCACGAUCCUGACCCCUGCGAGGCCAUGAAUGUACACAGGGCAGUGGAAGAAAUCAUGUACAUGACGUCGAGAUAUAGAAACGAGGAUGACUUGGUUAGGGCACGAGAGGAUUGGAAGUACGUUGCCAUGGUAGUAGACCGCAUCUUCCUCAUCAUCUUUCUCUGCGGUGUCUUCGCUGGCACCAUCACAAUCAUGUUAGAGGCUCCUUUGGCCAAGGAGUUCUUUGCACAAGCAUUCAUAUGAGAAUUGGACUAACUUAAAAACUUUGAUGCCAGCGUUGAAGCCAUGCAAAAGGUCAAGAUCUACCGUAGGAGUUCGCUAUGGCGGCAUCGGCUUGAUUGAUGGUUUAGAGGAAGGAUAACUUUAACUUCUCUGUGGUGUCUUGGCUGGUACAAUCACAAUCAUGUUGGAGGCUCAUCUAGCUAAGGAGUUCUUUGCUCAAGUCUUCGUAUGAGAAUAAGAAACUGUUUGAACGUGGAAUAAAUUGAAAACUUUGAUGCCAGCGUUCAAGCAGGUUAAGAUCUACUGUAUGAUCAUUCGCCGUUUGGUGGCAGUGGCCUAAUUGGUGGUUUAGAGGAAAGACAGUUUUAGAAACGGGUACUUUUGAAAACACCACGGGACCGCUUGGGCAUUUUGCAGCCGUAUACCACCGCGACCAUCCUUUGCUUUAGCAAGCGACCAACGGUGCAGAUGCCUCUCUGCAGACUGAUCACUAUUGUGGGGUAGCCUCAGACACCACUGAACAACUCCGUCACUGUCAUCGAAACCAUUCGAUCUCAUCAUAUUCACAGUCCAUAUUAGACAUGAAUAGUGCCUACAAUAUGACGUAUCGAAUAGAUUGUCUGUCAACAUGGCUGUCAAUGUGCUUUCUUUCACUGGAAGAUUGUUUUAUAAAUAUCUUAACUGAAGCUGAUGAUCAUUGACAACAUCUAUCGUCAGCCAUUUUGUAGAUCUAUCGAGCCCCGAAAUGACGUAAUGUGAGCCCAAAAAUAAAGGUGUUUUUUUUUACGUGAUCGCCCACAGUUCUUGUACGAGUAUAUAACCCUUGAACAACAACAAUAAACCUAAUCAUGUGGAACUUAAUCAUGUGGAACUCAACCAACUACUAAUACCAUGUACUUAAGUAAUCUGAUUUACAUGUAUUUAUGGACUUUUGCAGUAAAAUAACUUAUAUCCAAGCGUAACGUGCGAUCUGCCAUCAACGGCCUCUUUCUGAGCGAAAGUGCUGCACUACAGCGAACAAUUUGUACGCGUGGUUUGUGACAAACAAAACUGUCGGGAAAAUGUGAUUGUGUAUAUUAGACAACUAAUUAUAACAUUAACAAAAAGUUUUUAUCGAAUUAUUAUGUUAGCUAUGUAAAUUGUCAAUAUAGAACAGGAUUUUAUUUUUGCCAAAUAGACUACACGACAUGGUAUUGUUAGGUCCAUCCACCCAGGAGUUUUGAAAAUACUGUUCAGUUAGUUUUGUAUUUGUUUAACUAGCAUUAUCAGUAUUCCAACAUGACAUCGAUUAUCACUUCUACUCCGCCAACGGAAGAUUCGCCAUAAUCAUCCAAAGCUUUAAAGUUUUACUUUAUGAUACUUUCAAGUUAUGUUUUAUUUAUUUGUUUCAAACACUUAUAGACCUGACGUUAUCUAUUCUUGGUCAUGUAUGGUUAUAAACGAGGAAAACCAAAAGUUUAAACUACAAGUUUCCUAAUUUUCUGACCCCUAUUUCAAUAAUACACAGUACACUCUGAAAAUAGUUGGGCCGGAACUACUUUCAUCAUAGAAACAAAUAUCCUCAAAAAAUCAGUAGUUAUGUUGAUAAACCAAACCGAAAUUGGCACAUCGAGGGUGAGACCCCCCCCCCCCCAAACAACUCAGAUAUUGGCAAAUAACUCUAAAAUGACAUCGUCACAAGUCAGGUUGAUUGAAGUGGUUGUUGAUGAGAAUAGAUUAACGCUCUCUUUAAAAAAAAAACAAUGUAUCGUACAUUAACCAAUUAAGGGGAAAUCAAUACGAUUAACUGUCAACAUUAUGCGUAAUUAAUAUUUUCUUCUCCUAGGCUACCCAUCACAAAUAUAAUAAUGAAUGAAAAUAAGAGCUAAAUGUUAAUAAUCACAAGCAAUAAUUUCCAUGGUUGUGGUAAAGGUGUUCGUUUUGUUUAUUUGAGUGUGGAUGUUUUACUGAGUUACUAGUCCGUGGUCCCAAAACAUGUGCUCAUUUUCGCUAGGCCUCGAAAAAAGGGGGAAAAUAAAAGGACUCCAAUUCUCCACACAGGGACAUUUUGUGUACAAAGUCUAUGGGGAACUGUUAUUGUGCAGGGACAAGGAUGCAUUUGCAUCCUGAUGAUGAGAAUGUGAGAAUGCCAGUGUGUCCAAAAUACAUUGCCGUUUUUGUUCACAGAUUUACGUCUUCGUUUUUGCUUUACAAGUUGUGGAAUGUUUUAGUACAUAACAUUAUUAAUGUCACAGAAGUAAUUAAUGGGCAUCAUCACUAUCGUUGAGUUGGGGGGAAAACGUGUGAAAACCCCCAACAAAUCCAAUAGAUCUAGUUACAGUGAUCUGCCUACCAGCGACUUAGCACGAAGAUUGUCUAUUCUAACAAAAACAGUUUAAGCCUGUUAUACCAUGCUCUUUCGGAGACGUAGGUGGCAGUAGACAGACCAGGUAUAAUAGAGGGCACCACAAACAUGAACAUAAUUAUUUUAUGCAAUACACUGUGCAACAAGAACGGGAGGGAAUUGUUUUCUCUGAAGAACCUUUAACAAUUUUAGGAACAAAAGUAUUUACGUUAUGUCCAAUUGUACAGUAACAGAAAAGUGAAUCAAUAAUUGCCUAUUUUCAUUUCUUAUGCUAUCUCUUGUUUAACUUCUAUGUAAAGUUGUUUAUUGUUUACUCUGGUUGCCGUGGUUUAAUUCCGUACAUAAUGGUGCAUUUCCAUCCACUAUGCAUGUUUAUCGGUCAAGAUUUGUUGUUUCCGUAAAAAAUAUAUACGUAUAAAAAACAACACUUAACAUUUCAGUUUAUAAGAGAUAACUUUUCUUUUCCAGAAAAGUCGUUUGACUGUAAAAUCAUUCAUUUGAAAGUCACCCUGGGAAAUAAAUAAUUAAUUCAAAGUCAAUAAUAAAAAAUAAUAAAAAAUUCA